GAGGAAGACGACGCAGGCGAACAGUUGAUCAAGAUGGCGGCAUUCGGCACAGACCGAUGGCUGAAUGAUUUACCAAACCACAUUAUUUUCAAAAAGGUACGAGAGAGGUUGGAUGCAGAUUUCGGGACAAAUGAGAGGGAAAGAGCAAAAAAUCUGACUUUUUGUUUGGGUGGAGACUUUUUCCUGUGGGACGACCCUGAAGGUGUGUUUUACACCACCAACCUUCGGCAGUUAAACUCCGCAGAACCCGAAAGCAGCGGGAAGUACCAGACGUUGCAGUGCAUCAACCCGCCUCUGUUCCAGGUCCGCCAUGUGUUGCUGAGCCCCACGCAGCACCACGUCGCGUUGGUCGGUCUCAGGGGGGUUUCGGUCCUGGAGCUCCCUCAGCGAUGGGGGAAGAGGUCAGAGUUCGAGGGGGGGCGGGAGAAGAUCAACUGCAAGACCAUCCCGGUGGCGGAGCGCUUCUUCACCAGCUCCCCGUCAGUGAAGCUCAGACAGGCGGCUUGGUACCCGAGCGAGACCGAUGAACCCCACCUGGUGUUACUCACAUCCGACAACACCAUCAGAUUUUACGGGCUGAAGUCGCCCCACACCCCGGCCAAAGUGCUGCCGGUGUCCCAGUCGGAGGAUGAGAGCAGCCUCCACCAGCCGGUGAGCUCCUACGCAGCAUCUCUGGGAGAAAUAGCCGUCGCCUUUGACUUCGGACCGGUUGCCUCCCCUCCUCGGCAGCUGGCCUCACAGUGCUCCAAAAACCAACCUGUUUAUCCUCUCUACAUCCUCUAUGAGAACGGAGAAACCUACGUGAGCUACAGCAGCCAGGCCAACGGGCUCUCUGUCAGUAAACCAGCUGGACCCCUCCCCAUGUAUCCUGCUGCAGAGGAUAACUACGGCUAUGACGCCUGUGCCAUCCUGUGCCUGCCCUGCGUCCCAAGCAUCCUGGUGAUCGCCACAGAGACCGGGACCCUCUAUCACUGCAUAGUCCUGGAGUCUGAGGAGGAGGAAGAGGCUGGAACGGCGGGGAACUGGAUCAGAGGCUCGGAUUCGGUUCCGGCUCUAUAUGUGUUCGAAUGCGUUGAGCUGGAACUCACGCUCAAAGUGGCGACAGAAGAAGACGAGCCUCAGGAGUUUGAUUUUACCUGUCCCAUCAGGCUGCACAGAGACCCCCUGUGUGAGCAGAGGUACCACUGCACCCAUGAGGCAGGAGUGCACAGCGUGGGGCUCAUUUGGCUCAACAAGCUGCAGAAGUUCAUCCAGUCAAACGAGGAGGACAAGGACAGUUUGCAGGAGCUGGCUGCAGAGAAGCGUUGCAUUGUGGAGCACAUACUCUGCACCAAACCUCUGCUGAGCAGCGAGUCUGCUCCAGUCCGGGGCUUUCUGAUCGUGUCCGACCUUUCUCUGGGCGCCACCAUGAUCUGCAUCACCGCUAACUAUGAGUGUGUCAUGCUGCCUCUGCUGAGCUCCAUUCGUCCUCCAUCUCCUCCGCUUCUUUGUUCCGAUCCAAGUUCCAGCUCUGUCAGCUCACCUCUCCGCGGCCUGGCCAAUGACUCCUUCGAGCAGCACAUUCGCAGAAUCCUGGCCAGAAGCUCCACCAACCCCAUUGUGCUCAAGGCUGGUGACAAAGAGGCCGCCCCACCACCAGCAGAGUGCCUGCAGCUCCUCAGCAGAGCCACACAGGUGUUCCGUGAGGAAUACAUCAUGAAACAGGACAUGGCCCGGGAAGAGAUCCAGAGAAGGGCAAAGCUCCUGACGGGUCAGAAGAGCAAGCAGGUGGAAGAGCUGGCUCUGUGCAGGGAGGAGAAGAAGAGUUUAACAGAGAGCGCCGAAAGGUUGGCAGACAAGUACGAAGACGCCAAGUAUCGCCAGGAGGCGCUCAUGAACAGGGUGAAAAAAGUGCUGUGCAGCCUGCAGAGCCAACUGCCCAUCCUGUCCAACAGCGAGAAGGACAUGAAGAAGGAGCUGCAGAGCAUCAGCGAUCAGCUCAAACACCUGGACAACUGCAUCAGACAGGUGAACAUGAAGAUGGAGUAUCAGAAGAAGCAGGUGGACAAGGACACGUCUGCAUCCAGGGCCACCGUGCAGCUCAACGCUCAGCAGAAGAAGGUGGUCCAGGAUGUCCUCAGAGAGCAGGGACAGCAGAUCGGAGACAUGAUGAAGCAGAUCAAGGACAUUAAAAACCACUUCAGCUUCUAAACUCAUUUACAAACUCUUUAUUGGUUUGUUUUAGUCACUGAAAUUGUCCUUUCUGUUCAUUAUUGCAGAUUUGUUUAACCAAAAUAUCAGAGAAUGACAACCUCCUUUCCUUAAACUUCAUAUUUCAUUUUUGAUAUUUAGCAUAAGUUCCAUGUGUUUUUACUUUAAUAACUUUCCUAGAACAGAAAGAGAAGCUAAUGCAUAAACACUCAAAAAUGUCUAUUUUUGACUUGAUUUGUCAACUUAAAAAAAAAAAAGAAAAUAAAAUGUCAUCUAUUGAUGUUUUUUUCUGUGCUUAAUAAGAUGUUCAUGCUCUCCAGUUCAGAUUUGACCAUUUGAAGUACAGAAAACCAUUAUGAGUAAUAACUGUGGAGCAAUGGUAGGCCGACGGUUCUCUUUAAACUCUGACUUUUUUUCAGGUAUCUUCAAAAACUUUAAAAGACUUAAAUUUCAUCUUAAUUUUUAACCCUGGAAAAUACUAUAAUCUAUAAAUAUUUGCCAUACUAGGUCUUAAAUUACAAAUAGUUGUUUCGUAAAAAUGUAUAUUUGCUCAUUAAUUGCUCUUCCAAUCAUUUUAAAUUGAUCAGUUUAGGAAGUUCUUAAAUGGACAUGUAAGGUUUUUCAUUAUGGAGGUUUAGGGAAUUAAUUAAAAAGGGUUUGAAACCUGGGAUUUCUGUUGGUGACUAAAGUUCUUUAGAAAACUUGCUGUGUUUUAUCAGAAGGUGUUUAUUUUGUGUAAUAAAAGUAUUGGAUUCAAUCAAUUAAAAUCUGAUGAAGUGCCUUACCAUAACAUAAGGCAGUCUACAAGAUUCACAUGUUAGAUUUAUAAAACAUGCAAUUGGCAUACUAUUUAACAUGCUUAAGUUCAUAUAAAAACUUCAGAUUAUAAGGAAAAAUAUUUUUGCUUUAUGCAAUACAUAUAGCUUCAUAUUUAAAUUGAAUUUAAAAAUGUCUUGCAUUUUAAUUAUUGAAAAUCCAUGUCUUUUUGUCACAAUAGGCACACCGUUAACUCUAGCUCAAUCACUAUUUUUAUUUCAUUGUGUGGAUAUUAGUCUUUAAAAACAUUUUGUUCUGAGACAAGGUUCCUAAUUAUAAAACUAAAUAUUUCAAAUCUCCUAAAUCAGCAAAAUAUUACUCCAAGUUCGUAUGUCUGCUCUGCCUACACUUUCAACAUCUGUUCAAUAGUUUUUUUUUUACAAAUAAAAUGCAUAAUUUUCUAUUUUGACUUAAAAUCUUAUUUUUCAGCAUUUGUUUUUUAUCUUUGGUUUUGAGCA